AUGACUGUUACAUAUACAGCUCGGGUGGCCAAUGCCCGCUUUGGUGGCUUCUACAAACUGCUGAGCCUCUGGCGUGGGAGCAUCUAUAAACUGCUGUACAAGGAGUUCCUGGUCUUCUCGGUUUCCUAUUUGGGAUUAAGCCUGACUUAUCGGUAUGUCUUACAAGAAGAUCAGAAACGGGUCUUCGAAAAGGUGGUCAUUUAUUGCAACAACUAUGCCAAUCUCAUUCCUGUCUCCUUUGUUUUGGGCUUCUAUGUAACACUGGUAGUAAACCGCUGGUGGAGCCAGUAUACCAGCAUGCCAAUGCCAGAUCGCUUGAUGUGUGCCAUUUCUGGAAAUGUGCAUGGUGCAGAUGAGAGGGGACGGCUUUAUCGACGGACACUCAUGCGCUAUUGCAGUCUAUCAGCUGUCUUGAUCUUGCGCUCAGUCAGCAUUGCUGUGUUCAAGCGCUUUCCCACCAUGGACCAUGUGGUAGAAGCAGGGUUCAUGACUCGUGAGGAACGCAAGAAAUUUGAAAAUCUCAACUCUUCCUACAAUCGAUACUGGGUCCCCUGCAUAUGGUUUACCAACUUAGCUGCACAGGCACGUAAAGAAGGCCGCAUACGUGACAACUGUGCUCUCAAGUUGCUCAUGGAGGAACUGAAUCACUUUCGUGGCAACUGCAGCAUGCUUUACCACUAUGACUGGAUCAGUGUACCAUUAGUAUACACUCAGGUGGUUACCAUUGCUGUAUAUAGCUUCUUCUUUUCUUGUCUAAUUGGAAGGCAGUUCCUCGAUCCAGCCCAAGGUUAUGAAGGACAUGACCUAGACCUGUGGAUUCCUGUUUUCACCCUGCUUCAGUUUUUCUUCUACUUUGGAUGGCUCAAGGUGGCUGAGCAACUCAUCAACCCUUUUGGAGAGGAUGACGAUGACUUUGAAACCAAUUUACUGAUUGACAGGAACUUCCAGGUCUCCAUGAUGGCUGUGGAUGAGAUGUAUGCAGAUUUGCCUCUCCUGGAGAAGGAUAGAUAUUGGGAUGCCUCAAACCCACGUGCCCCCUAUACGGCAGCUACAGUUUUUCUGCUGCAACAGCCGUCAUUCCAAGGCUCCACUUUUGAUGUGACAUUGGCCAAGGAGGAUAUGCAGUUCCAGCCUUUGGAGGAGAUUGCCGAGGGCUUUGAAGACAGCCGCCAUGUGCCUGCCCACCUCUUGAACCGACUGCUCUCUACUGCUCCUACCUCAGGAGGUUUUGGACGCCGUCUCUCUCUGCUGAAGCGCAAGAACAGCUGUGUUUCAGAACCAUCAAACACCUACAGCUGCCUUUGUCAGGACAUGCAUGCCCUUGACUGCACGUGUACCCGGCAUGCCAGUCAGCAGAUGCGCAGUAACAGCAUUCCCUUCAUCCCUGAAGGGGCGGGAGACUCUGACCACGAUACCAGCAGCCCAGGAAAGGAAGCAUGCAGUGUUCUUCCUGAGUCGCACAUUGUUGAGCUGGGUGAACCUUCUCAGAGUGCAUCGGGCCAGGAGAAUGUUACUGCUGCCCCCCCUGAUCCAGAGCCCCUUGUGGAUACAUCAGUUAAUACAAAUGUCUUGUCCUGGCCUCUCCUAGAACAUGACUCUUCAGACACUUCUUUCUUUCACAACCCAAAGGAGGUGCCUAGCAAAGGGGUUGGCUAUCCCCCAUGGCUGCAGAGCCCCAUUGAAGAGGAAAGUACGGCAUGA